AAUAGAUAAUGACGAAUUUGGUGUAACGUGCAGUAUUAACUCAACGCAAUGGGUAUCAACAUUCAAUGGAACCGCUCGGUACCUCUUUGACAGGAAUUGUGAACACAAACUAGUCUCAUCUUGCAAUUCUUCAAGGAUUGACAUACGUGUCGACUUUUUAAACAGGACCCUAUCAUCCGGCCUCAUAGCAAUCAUGCACGAUGAACAGAAGAUAGUGUUUUCAGCUUAUUCUGUUAUAUCACGGCCUGCCCCAUCUGUUAGCAAUAUCAGCAUAAUUCAACAAGUUGACUCUGUUACAGUAACGCUCAAUAGCGUUGGACUCAGUGUAAACUUCAGUAAAAAUGCAGUCACUGUUGUUGUCUUAGGAAAUGCUUUGAUGAUGCGCUUAAAUGGACUAUGUGGAGCAUUGAAUGGUGACCUUGUCUACUCUGAUUGUCAGAGGACUGCCAAUUUUAUGAAUAGGACUUCCGUUAGUGAGUUCAUUACUAGCCAUUUUGUGGAAGCACCUGAACAGCUUGCUAGACCAAACAGAGAAGAAUGCGGAAUAAUAAGAAAUGAUACUGCCCAAGGUGAUCCACUCUUCACUGUUCCUAUUUUAUAUACAAGAGUAGCUAACCUAACUGGCCCACUGCAUCUCUGCUAUGAAAUACACGGCAGGCCUGAUGCUUACUUCAACUACAUCUCAGACGAUUGCACAUCCGUCACAGCUCAUUACGUUCAAUCAACAAAUGCUCCAAUUUAUAACAUCAUUGAUAGCAUUUCAAUUGUAGCCAUUGAUUCCGCAGAUCAUUGUCAUCAAAUACAAGUCAAUAGUAAUGGCUGUACUGCAACUUAUGAUGGUGUAUCCAUUACACGUAAUAGUCCAGGGCCUGGUUCUAAUGAUAUAAGGUCUCCUUUUAGUCAUCGUGGAAUUAGCAUAAGGAGGUAUAGUGACAGGGUCAGGAUCAAAGUCCCCAAUUGUGCUGAUGUUAGUCUGGUUAUGUGGGUUGUCUGUGAGACUGUGAACAUUAGCGAUCCAUACACUGGAGUUAAUCUGGGCCCUGUGACUAUGAUAAAAUUCAUAAUAUCCCGGGGGUUCAAUCUUCAUGAAUAUUCACAUGGUUUGAUAGGUCAGUUUUGGAAUAUUCCAAUUAAUGUAUCGAGUUUCAAUGGAGUGUCUACAUACCCUCCAAGAUUUAAUGACCUACUCUACACAGUCUUCAUCAAUCAUCCAGUGGAUCCUCAACGCCAGUUUGUUGGACUACUCUACAGAUCUUGGACACAGCGUGGAACUAGUUGCUUGCAUGUUGGCAACAAGCAAGCUGGAAAAAUCCGCGAAAUCGAGUCUCCAAACGACCCCGUCAUUAGAGGGACCUACACUGAUUAUGAAGUUUCUGGACCUUUUGAUACUCAGUUUGUGUAUUCGGUGUUUAAAAGGAGCGACAGUUGUUGAGUAGUAGAUGAGUGAUAUCUGGAAUUAAUGAUCAUUGUUUCUUUAUUUCGUCGUUUUAUUAGUAUAGUGAUUUUUAUUCUUUUUUGUUUCUUUGUCUUUUAGCUAAAAGUAUUGAUAAUAAAAUUUAGUCUGUUAAAUAGAAGACACUAC